AUGCCAAUAGGUGGAAAACACACUCAAGGCGGAGAUGGAGGUAAUACAAUUGGUGGAAACACUCAAGGUGGCGGAGUUGGCAACACCCAAGGAGGGAACACUCAAGGCGGAGAUGAAGGUAAUACCCAAGGGGGAAACACUCAAGGCGGAGAUGGAGGUAAUACAAUAGGUGGAAAUACUCAAGGUGGAACAGGUGGCAAUACUAUAGGUGGAAACGCUCAAGGCGGAGAUGGAGAGUUGGCAACACCCAAGGAGGAAACACUCAAGGCGAACACCCAAGGAGGAAACACUCAAGGCGGAGAUGGAGGUAAUACCAAAGGUGGAAACACUCAAGGCGGAGAUAGAGGUAAUACAAUAGGUGGAAAUACUCAAGGUGGAACUGGGGGCAAUACCAUAGUUGAAAACACUCAAGGAGGAGAUGGAGGUAAUAUCAUAGGUGGAAACACUCAAGCCAAUGGAGUUGCCAACACCCAAGGAGGAAACACUCAAGGCGGAGAUGGAGGUAAUAAAAUAGGUGGAAAUACUCAAGGUGGAACAGGGGGCAAUACCAUAGGUGGAAACACUCAAGGCGGAGAUGGAGGUAAUAUUCAAGGUGGAAACACUCAAGGCGAAGAUGGAGGUAAUACAAUUGGUGGAAACACUCAAGGCAGAGAUGGAGGUAAUACAAUAGGUGGAAAUACUCAAGGUGGAAGAGGGGGUAAUACCAUUGGGGGUAACACUCAAGGCGAAGAUGGAGGUAAUACCAUAGGUGGAAACACUGGAGGCGGUGGCGUUGGCGACACCCAAGGAGGAAACACUCAAGGUGGAGAUGGAAGAUGGGAGCGUAAUACAAUAGUGGAAAUACUCAAGGUGGAAGGGGUAAUACCAUUAUGGGGUAAACACUCAAGGCGAAAGAUUGGAGGUAAUACCAUAGGUUGGAAACCACUGGAGGCUGUGGCUCGUUGGCGACACCCAAGGGAGGAAACACUCAAGGUGGAGAUUGGAGGCGGAGAUGGAGGUAAUACGUUAGGUGGAAAAACUCAAGGCAGUGGAGGUUGCAACACCCAAGGAGGAAACACUCAAGGCGGAGAUGGAGGUAAUACAAUUGGUGGAAAAACUCAAGGCGGUAGAGUUGGCAAUACCCAAGGAGGAAACACUCCAGGCGGCGAAGUUGGCAACACCCAAGGAGGAAACACUCAAGGCGGAGAUAGAGGUAAUACCAAGGGAGGAAACACUGAAGGUUGGGAAGGCGGUAAUCAGCACAUAGAAAAUGAAGGGGAUAGAACAGGUUGUCAUACCCAAGUUAAAGACUCUCAAAAUGGAGGUGGGGUGUUAGCCCAUGGUGGAAACAUUAAAGGUGGAGGAUGGUGGAAUCUGCAUGGAAGAAGUACUCAUGGCAGAGGUUGGAUAAUACCCAGUAAUGGAACAUUCAUGGGGGAUGAGGCAAUAAUACUCAAGGUGGAGGUUGUGGUAAUACUGAAGGAAGAAAUACUCAAGGAAGAAAUACUCAAGGUGGAGGAGGAGAUAAUGCAUAAAAAUGAAAUUCAUAAGUUGGAGGAGUUGGAGAUGCACAAGGAUGCAAUAAGCAACUUGGAAGAGGUGGUAACACCCAAGGUUGAAAUACUCAAAGUGGAUGUAGGGGUAAUACUCUGUUUGGAAUCACUCAAGGUGGAGGAUCGACAAAUACUUAUGGCACAAACACUCAAGGUGGAGGUGGUAGUCAUACCUGGGGAGGAAACACUCAAGGUGGGAGUGAGGAUUAUACCUAGGGAGGAUAUACUUAAGGUGGAGAAGGGGGGUAAUACCCAGGAUGGAAACAUUCAGGGUGGGGGAUGA